CUCGAUGGUAUUUAUUCCAUGUUAAUAAAACUUUGUCUUCAUUAUGGUUUUGAUGGUUUGAUUGAUGGAUGGAUGAUAAGUUUAUUUUGAUUUUUGUACUUUGAACUGUAGAUUUUAAUCCCAGUGUAACUUUAUUUCGCAAUCAAACAGAAACAUUCAGUGGCUGAAGAAAACUAGCUCCUUGCAAAAUGUUUUCAAGACAUUUAACCACUAGAUUUACAGGACAAUUCCAAAGGUUUCAAAGUACCCUUUUGAUUGCUGAACAUAACAAUGAAAGUCUUCUACCAAUUACGCAAAAUGCUUUAACAGCAGCGAAGAAAUUAGGGGGCGACAUAUCAGUUUUGGUAGCUGGCACCAAAUGUGGCCCCGCUGCCGAACAGCUUGCCAAAGCGGAGGGUUUAUCAAAAAUCCUAGUAGCUGAAAGUGAUGUUUUUAAAGGUUUCACAGCAGAAAAUCUUACGGCUUUAAUAGUCGCUACACAAAACCAAUUUAAAUACACUCAUAUCAUUGCUGGGGCUUCAUCAUUUGGCAAAACCUUGCUGCCAAGAGUAGCAGCCAAGCUAGACGUGUCUCCCAUCUCAGACGUAAUUGGAAUUAAAUCACCGAAUACGUUUGUCAGAAGCAUAUAUGCUGGCAAUGCGAUUCAAACACUGGAAGCCAUUGAUCCAGUUAAAAUUUUGUCUGUAAGGGGAACAAGUUUUGAACCAGCUAAACUGGAAUCUGGAUCUGCGGCUGUUGAGAAAAUACCUGUUGAUGGUUGUGACACGCAAUUAACUAGUUUCAUUAGUCAGGAACUCAGCAAGUCUGAUAGGCCAGAACUUACUAGUGCCAAAGUAGUUGUUAGUGGCGGCAGAGGGUUGAAAUCAGGGGACAACUUCAAAUUGCUUUAUGACCUAGCUGAUAAAUUGAAUGCUGCUGUUGGGGCCUCAAGAGCUGCAGUUGAUGCAGGAUAUGUGCCAAACGACCUGCAAGUUGGCCAAACUGGAAAAAUUGUAGCACCUGAUCUAUACAUUGCUGUUGGUAUUUCUGGGGCAAUUCAGCAUUUAGCAGGCAUGAAAGAUAGCAAAACUAUUGUCGCUAUCAAUAAAGACCCUGAAGCGCCCAUUUUCCAGGUUGCUGAUUAUGGUCUUGUAGCUGAUCUAUUUAAAGCAGUUCCAGAAAUGACUCAAAAGCUAUAAUUAUUUUCUAGUCUUGAAAUUAAAAAUUUACAUAGUUAUAUAGUUUACUAACGUCAAUAUUUUCAAAAAUCUACGCUAUUUGAACUUUAUUAUUUUUAUCAAUUUUAUAAUUAUAUACUGUUUAAUAAAACGCAAACUCUUU